AUGGCGGCGAGAAGAAAGCGCGAUCUUGUGGAAAGGGUGCGCUAUCCCAACCCGAUUCCAGAUCUUCCCUUUGCGCCCAAACUGAUCCGCGUCGCAGCGCCAGAGCCAAACUAUACGUCGCCCGUGUAUGCCCAGCGCAUCGCCGAGUCGCAGCAGUUGCCUGUCGCCGUCGACGCGGAGGCUGGCAUGCCGCUGGACUUGGCCAGGAUCGAAUACUUGUGGCUUGAGAAUGGAAAGCUGCCUGCGGGCGCGACGGAUGCGCUCGACAUGGACGCACUCGACCCCGACGAUGCAUUCCUGCUCUCGGAGCAAGUCGCUGCGCAUCCUGUCGCCGCCGCUGAUACAUUGCCGGGCUCGUAUGCCGCUGCGAAGGCGAACGAAGUGACAUGGCUGCGCCGUACUGAGUACCUUGGUGCUGAGCAGCGCAAACAGCGCGCGCACGCGCAGCCUGUACAGCGACUCGACACGUCGCGUGCGGCGCAAAUUGCGCGCAUCGAAGAGAGUUUUGUCGCGGCGAAUACCGCUCUCGAUACGCUCACGCACCCCAGCAAGCCCGGCGUGCACGCGGUAGAUGCGUACGAACUGCUCCCCGACCCCGAGACGUGGGCAUCGAGUUUCCAGGUAGUCCGCUUUACCAGUGCGCUCGGGCGCAUGUCGCAAGGCGCCCCGGACGACGAUGUGCGCAUGCGCACGGCGGUGCUGCGUCCUGUAACAGACGCCGUCUCUGGGCAGCAGCGUGUAUCGAUGUACCUUGCUUGUGCGGACGAGCUGCCGCAGUAUACAAACAGCGAGGAGGAUCAGCCGCAGCCGACAUGGGACAGCGCAACAGCCCAGCGCCGCGAGAAUCUUGGAUCUCUGCGGUACGAAAAGCGGCGCAGACUAGGCACGUUUCCGCGCGUCCCGUGGCUCGAGCAGGAGGAUGCAAGUGGCGACGCGAACGAGUACGCAACCGGCUUCCGCCAUGCGCGCGACUUGGAGCCCGUCGAACAGGUUUCGUCGGCUGCGAAUCAGCUGGUCCUUGUCCUGGACGACAAUAUUCCAGACCCUGCGCCGCAGCUGGACGAUGUCUCUGUGAGCGGCACGAUUGCCGAGCAGCUCGGAAAAGAAGACGAUCUGUUUGGCGACGAAAUGCGCGCGGCGCCGCCCAAAGAUGCCGCACCGACCACCACGCUUCCUCCGCAGUCCGCGCCGCAGCGUGCGCGGCAAGAAAGUGUAUUGCCGUCGGCACUUGGACGCAAAGCCGCAUACUACCACCGCGUGGAUAUGCGGUAUGCGCUCCGUAUCCGUCGGCAGCGGCGCGCCGAGCAGCAUCUCGCCGUGCCCUACGAAGGAUUUUGGCACCGCAUUAUUCUCGGCAAUCGUUCCCCGACAGAGCGCGAAGUGUGCAAAGAGCUGCAUGCGCGCCAGGCUGUAGACAAGGUCAAUCUCGACGGCGUAGAGUACGCAUCAAGCGACGAGGAGGCGGAGGACGUCGAGGCACUUGACAAAGAGCGUGUGGCAGCGGCAGAGGUUGGCGCACAGGGUCAACUGCCGGUGCCGCACAUGGAUGAGACAGCAGUCGCGGAUGAUACAGUGUCAGCAGAAGCACAAGCCAGCGCAGCCGACCAAAGCGACGCUGCGGAAGAGCAGAUGCAGGACUAUUUCGACGAGGACGAGUCCUCCGAAAAUGCUUCGGACGUGGACGGCGACGCUGAGCUCGCAGCGCUGCGUGCCGAGGCGCAGGAUGCAGAUGCAGACGAUUCGCCGGUGCCUGCGCGUCGGCGUCGCGCUCCCUAG